GAAGAAAUCUCUCAGUUGAUCACYACUGUGGUUGAUCUACAAAAGCGUCAUUCACAACUGUCAAUGGACAAUGAAGAACUUCAGAAUUUAUUAAAUGAGUCACAAGCUGGCCAAGAUCAACUAAAAGUGCAGAUUGCUGAUCUACAGGAUAAAUACCACGAGUGUUUUGAGAUAUUGAUGGAAAACCAGCAAGAAAUGCGGAGUCUUAAUCAAAAAAUCGAAACUCCACGUCCUAAACAUUCCACGCCAUCAAGCAUGCCUAGAGAUUCACUGGCACAUGAAAUAGAGCAAAGUGUAAAAAGAGAUUUAGCUGACAUACAGGAAAAAAGACAAAACCUCGCACGCGUCCUACAAACCGUUCGUAAUAUCAAUGUCUCGAAGGGAAGGAAACCUAAGAARGUUGGGAAGCCACAGCCGAACGCGACUGGAAGCAGUUCGUCAGGAUUCAAAUUUACUCCAGCAGAUCUUACCCGACAAACAUCUGAUGCUUCGAUUGAUGGUGAUGACGCGGUGUCUACGUCAAGUUUAGAUUCACGACAUUCUUAUAGUAGACGGUCCUUUCGUAAACCAGAAAAACUUCAAAUUGUCAAGCCAAUCAAAGGUUCCGUCACUUUACAACAAUGGAAGAAGUUAGCCUCACCUUCAAUGAAAUUGGAGGAACAGAGACCUGGUGUUCACGUGAAAGGCGAUGUACAAAAAGGMCGUCACGAUGAAAAACCKUCAAAACAACAUGGCGACAUGAGCGAUGAAGACGAMAUUGARGAAGACGAACCUAUUCAAAUUAAAAUGAGAUCCAAGUCUAAGGAUGAAGCCACUGCUCAAACCCCAAAKUCUUCCAAAGAAAAUCCCCUUUCACUUGCCCUCGCCUCCCUAGUGCAUGAAAAAGGUAUCCAAGCUAGUCGCCGAGAUUCUACCUCAUCCAGCAUUCUUGCACAGUUACUUAACUCUCCUUCAGCGACGACUGCAGGAAAAAACUCAUCAGUUGGACGAGUGCUUGCCGAUGUUCUUCAAAAAGCAAGCGAAGAGGCGUCKGCUAAAGAACCCAAAAGAGCUGCAUCACUUCGUAACUUGGCGAAUUAUUUCAGCGAAAAAGAAAARGAAGGUAAAAACGAACCAGAAACGAUCCYAGAGGAUGACAGUCCACCUGUAAGUCCKCCUUCAGSUGAUGCUUAUAACCCUCUUCCUGGAGCUGGUCUCGCUGGGGCUGGUCUCGGAGGAGGCAUCUUCUCGAGGAUGCUCGUUGGUUCGUCAGGCAUUGCUGCAAGCCUUCCCUCGGCAAGGCCUAUUGCGACCAUUGCUGGUUCUAUUAGUACUACAACAACAACARCAUCAAGUCCUUCGGGUCUGUUAAGUCAACCUGGUUUUGCGCGCACAUCAAGUGGUACAAACCUCAAAGGCUUAGACGUUAGUGCUCUAAAUACAUCUGAUAAACGACUAAGUUUAGAUGCAACGAAUUUAAUAACCGCUAAUUCGGACUUUCCUACCACAACCACCACAAGUCUUCCAACUUUGAGGAGAAGGGCAAGCAGCGGUGACUUGGAAUCCAUGAACUCAUCAACCGACUURACRGGAAGUAUAAACAGCUUAGGACUGGGAACUAGAUUGUAUCGUAGCAACAGUAGYGGUAGCCUGAAUGAUUUAAGUCAAGGAACUGACUCACAAGCUGUCAAUCCAGGGGGGUUCUUUGGACGUUUAACCAGAAGGCCUAGUCUAGGAAGUCUAACUGACCUAGUCCAAAAGUCUAAUCUAGGUGCUAUGUCUAUUCCUCCCCCUGGACGAAUGGAACGAUCUUCGAGUAUUGAUACAAGUGUGGUAGCAAGGACGGGGCAGUCCCCACCUUCCCCCUCACAGUUUGACACUAAUAGAUCGUUUUUCCAAACCAAACCUGAGCCUUCCAAAGGCUUAUUUUCCGGUUCUAAAUUAAGUUCACUUGCUGGAGUUCGCUCAGGAAUGUGGUCAAAAGGACCUUCCAGUUCAUCUGAAACAACUCUUCCCMAGUCUUCUUCAAACAAAUCCGAAGAACGCCUGGAGAAAAUCAACAAAGCCUUCGCAUUUGAGGACUUCGGUGGCAUGGGGCUUAUGUCAUUCUUUGGAAGCAAGAAAUCUGCUCAAAACUAAUGACAAUGGUUACAUCUACAUUGKCAAGUGAAAAUUUUCAUUUUAUCAGAAAGCAAUUAGAAUCGAWUGAGAUCACUCAAGUUAGGCUCUUUCUUUCUCGCUAAAAUGCAAGUGUUCAUUCUUUAUUCUACAAUGUUGUGGCAUAUACGUGUAUGCCAAAUAGACACUUUUGUAAAUUUUCUUUAAAUAAUUAUGCAUAGCAUGAAUUGAUAUGACAAGGUUUUUUUUUAUAAAAUGCUAAAAAUAUGUGAAAUAGGACGCAAACAAAACUAGAAAUUACGGGACGUCAGAUGGUUAUUUCCGAUCUUUUUGGCGAUUUUCAGUUAGUAGAAAUCACUGUUUCAAGGGUUUAUCAAUAUUCAUUUACGGACGAAAAUGAACUACUUAAUAUAUUUAAAAACAAGAAAGUUAUUAAUUACUUAUACUGGGCAAAAUCGACUGGUUUGCAUUCAUUGUAUUCGUGAAAURUGCAGGAAAKCGCACAAAAUYACACAAAUUACAYRAUAGAAAACAAAUUCRCAYUAUUUACUUUCYCGGUAUGAUGAAUGCAUUCUAGUKCCGCGAUUGAACUUAUUCGCUGUCUUACUCAAUUAUUUUGGGAAUUUYAAAAGGGUUUACUCAAAAUUAAAAUAUAUUUUCCAAAAAAUUAAAACAUUUUGCGUACCGAAAAGGGUUUCUUYAAAUUACCUAGCGCACACUAUUUAUUUUUCUUAGAAAUAAUGUUUAUUUGAUUACCAUAAGCAAAUUUAUUUUCUUAAAAGUAAGGUUGAAGUGGUCUAUUUUGCGUACAAAAGUUUAAGUUAAAAACUUUAACAGCGCCAAAAGAUUUGUACUAUUUGUAAAAUAUAAAUGGUUACCAGAAAGUUGUUAAUAUUGCAAUUGUGUUUAUAGUGAAUUCAAAAUAAAAAAGAACUAUCGUUUGUCA